UCCCCCCCGCCCCUGCGCUGCCCGGCGGCGGCCGCGUCCCUGCCCGGCAGCAGCAGCAGCAGUCGCAGCCAUGAAGUCGCUGUGCCUUGUCACCGUGGGGGUCCUGGCCAUGACGCUGCUCAUCGCCAGCGUCUCCCUGCUGGUGGCACACGUCUUCCAGACCGUGGUGGACCUGCAGGUGAAGGAGGGAACAGUGUUGAAAAAUGGCACGGAAACCUUUGAAGCUUGGGAGGACCCUCCUCCACCAGUCUACAUGCAGUUCUACUUUUUUAACGUGACCAAUCCUUUAGAAGUGCUUCGAGGCGAUACUCCUCUUGUAGAAGAAAUAGGGCCGUACACCUACCGAGAAUACAGGCCAAGAGUGCAUGUCCAGUUUUUGGAUAAUGGUACCAAAGUGUCUGCUCUGAAUCCGAAGACGUAUGUAUUUGACCCUGAGAAGUCAGUUGGAAACCCUGAAGUGGACCUGAUUAGAACAGUUAAUAUUCCUGCAGUGACUGCGAUGGAGUGGACCAGGUCAACCCCUCUUCAGUUUGCCACAGAGGUGCUGCUGCUUCUGUACCAAGAAUCCCUGUUCACAGUUCACACUGUUCACGAAUUGCUGUGGGGCUACAAAGACAGGCUCCUGUCAGCCAUACAUCUGCUGCAUCCUGAGAUUGAUCCAGUAUUUGGUCUCUUUAACAAGAUGAAUGGAACCGAUGAUGGAGAAUAUGUUUUCCUAAGUGGAGAAACCAGCUACCUUAACUUCUCCAGGAUUGUAGAAUGGAAAGGAAAAGAGUCAUUGAGCUGGUGGACAACAGAGACCUGUAACAUGAUCAAUGGGACAGAUGGGACAUCCUUCCACCCGCUGAUCAGCAAAGAUGAGAACAUUUAUAUCUUUUCUUCUGAUUUUUGCAGAUCUCUCUACCUGGUGUACGACAGCUCAGGAACCAUUGCAGGCGUCCCAACCUACCGCUUUGUGCCCUCUGCGAUGGUAUUUGCCAACACGACAGUUAACCCAGACAAUGCUGGAUUCUGCGUGCCGCCAGGAAACUGCCCUGGCACUGGUGUCCUCAACGUCAGCAUCUGCAAGCAAGGUGCUCCAAUAUUUCUAUCGGCUCCACAUUUUUACCAAGCAGAUGAGAAGUAUGUAAAGGACAUAGAAGGCAUGCAUCCAAAAAAGGAAUAUCAUGAGACGUUUCUGGACAUCAAUCCUCUGACAGGGCUUGUCCUGCAAGCAGCCAAGCGGAUGCAAAUCAAUGUUCAUGUCAGAAAACUACCUGAAUUUUUUGAAACAGGCAACAUCCGGACGCUGGUUUUCCCAGUGAUGUAUAUAAACGAGAGUGUUCUGAUUGAUGAAGAGUCUGCCAACAAACUCAAGCAUGUCCUGCUGGAAGCCAGUGUUGUAACUGGAAUCCCCUUUGUAAUCAUGGCUCUAGGAAUUGUUUUUGGGGUUGUUUUUAUUGUGCUGGUGUGCAGGUCCCGGGGAAUCAGUGAAGAGGGAGGGGAAGUUUUAAUAGACUCAGAAUAAACGCACCAGAACAAAGGAAUGGAGCUAAUAUAAGAGACACGGGCACUGAAGAGGAAAGGUCCCCACUCAUCAGGACAUCUUAGUAGAUUUUCUUUAACACGUGAGCUUGGAAAAUAAACUGUUAGAGCUGACCUAAUACCAACUACCACUACCCAGCGUUGUCCACCGUGGAGAGGUGAUCGCGUCAAGUUUAACUGUUAGUGGUAUAGAGAUGGAAGAGAAUCUGCACUGUCAUCAAGGGAGGAGACUUUUCUUACCAGCUAAGUUACAAUUUCAAAACUGCAUUUUAAAACUGCUUGAGAUCCUGCUUUUUUUCAACCCCGCACUCUUCGUACCUGCACCGACAGCCACCGACCAUCAUAAUCACGCUAUCAGCGGAAAUAAAACGGCCUGAGUCGCUACAGGAACGACACAGGGAGAAUUUGUGAAUGGCCUUAGGAGUGUGGGCGGUGAAGUACCCUUCUAGAAACCAAGCAGGCUCCCGUAUCACCCAGCAACAACAGACAAUUGUGCUGUAGGCCUAGUGUUGUCUUUUCUGUAAAGUGUUACACACCACUUCUUACCAGUACGCACUGACUGAUUGUUAUUAAUGUCACUGGUCCUUUCACACAGCUGCUUUGUACAACUAACCCAAAACACGGGCUGGGACUUUGUUAAGCAUCUGUCGUUACCCGGUAAAAAGAAGCUGAGGAUUUGAAAUGCUUUUCCGCACAGAGCUGUUGACUGUUCUAACUCUGCGCAGGAUCCCAUUGCAUGUCAGCGAUGCAUUUAUCCAUUGGGGUUUCCCUUCUACUUAAAAAACACAACACCACGCAGCGUUGUUCUUGAUGGUGGAGGGUACAAAACUGGUAUUCCCUUUUCUCUGGUGUUUGUGUCACCAUUCUCAGAUGUGUGGUUUAAUGUGUAUGCAGACCAGGCGGUUGCGUUUACUACUUAGGAUAAAAGCACACCUCUGAAUUAAGGAAUAUACAGGGUCUUUAAAUGUCAUAAAGCGUUUUUUACUUGUCAAGUGGAAACUUGUUUUAAAAAUCACAGAAGUAUUUUUUUUCCCCAAUUAAAAGAGUAUUCUCAUUGAGAAGGAUUUCCAUUGGAAACAUUUUAAAAUGUGUUAAUGUCCCCUAACCGGAGGCAUUGGGUUUGCAUUGUGGUGGUUUGGGGCUUUUUGUCCCUCGCAGGUGAUUUGUUCAACAGUUUGGUUCACCUGGAGUCAGUUCUACCGAGGAAGUUUC